GCGGGUUCCUAGCGGCAGCCGCCCCUCCGCCACCUCCCUCUCCCUUCCUGCUCUUCCUCUCCGCCCACCGCGCUCCAGCCUCUCCGCCGCAGCCCGCGCUGUCCUCUGCCCCCCGGAGCCGCCUCGCCCGGCCCGCGCCCAGCCAUGGGGGACCUGCCGGGCCUCGUGCGCCUCUCCAUCGCGCUGCGCAUCCAGCCCAACGACGGCCCGGUCUUCUUCAAGGUGGACGGGCAGCGUUUUGGCCAGAACCGCACCAUCAAGCUGCUCACCGGCUCAUCCUACAAGGUGGAGGUGAAGAUUAAGCCCACCACGCUGCAGGUUGAGAACAUUUCCAUUGGUGGUGUGCUUGUCCCACUGGAGCUGAAGUCUAAAGAGCCUGAUGGAGACCGAAUUGUUUAUACUGGCACGUAUGACACCGAAGGUGUGGCCCCAACCAAGAGUGGAGAACGACAACCCAUCCAAAUCACCAUGCCGUUCACUGACAUUGGGACCUUCGAGACCAUGUGGCAAGUCAAGUUCUACAAUUACCACAAGCGAGAUCACUGCCAGUGGGGAAGCCCCUUCUCUGUCAUUGAGUAUGAAUGCAAGCCCAACGAGACACGCAGUCUCAUGUGGGUGAACAAGGAGUCCUUCCUCUGAAGAUGGCUCUUUCCGAUGUUGCUGGACAAUCUCUUCAGAAAUCUACUUUCAGUUAACCCAGCACAAGCCUUCACCAAGGCACACCACACUGUUGCCAUUUCCCAUUGGGUGCCAAUGACCUACUAGCCCUGAUUAUUUUGAAAGUGUAAUUCCCCUCUGAUGCAAUGUCCCUGACAUAAAAAUCCUGAUGUACCAUGCCCGAGAAGAUCCCUUUCUGUAUUCUGUGUUGGUGUUGCUGCAUCCAGUGGUUUCCGGGCAUGCUGUUGACCGCUUGUCAGGAGCUCAAUAGAAUUGGCAGGUGUGUCUCUUACUUAAGGGUUCCACUGAAAGACUGUGGUGUUUUGUUUCCAAGUUGAGUGAUUCCCCCUUUUUUGUUAAAUGUCUAAUAAAAAAUAACAAUAUGUGUGGGUUCUCUCUCUAGCGUAAUAUGAUAACAUGUAACUUGCAAUGUUUUCCAACUUUCAAAGCAGGCUUUGUGAAUAUGCUACAAACAGCAGGGAAUGGGACCCAAAUGUUGUGCUUCCUGUAAACAGCUUGGCUUUUGCAGGGAAGGAUAACAACAAAAUAAAAGGACAAAUACUUAAGGAGUAUUUGUAAUGUAUUAAAACUUUUUGAAGUAACCACAGUAGGAAUGGGACAAAGUAUUGCUUCGACCACUGUUAAGGAAGGUGACAGGAAUUAGAGGCUUGCCUCUUUGGUAAACUGUCGUAGUGUUCAAACAUGCAUAUUGAUGGCACCCCAGUGACCCCGUUACUUGAACUUUGUAAAACUGUGUAUGGAACUGUAAUCAACUUUUGAUAUUUCUUAAUAAAGGUAUUGAAAAUCAUG